CUGGCCGGACUGCAGUGAGGAGCCUGCCCCCCUGGGGAAGGCCCGCAGCUGCCCCAUGUGGUCCGCUGGCGAGGAGUCUGGGGACAGGGGCAGCUCGGUGUCAUCGGGACGUCUCUCUGGCUCUUCAGGGGGGCAUGAGCUGUCCUCACCUGCCCACACGCCCUGGAAGGAGAGGCCCCCCCAGGUGCAGGGACCCCAGCGGCAGCCCAGAGAGAGCAGCCCACGGCUAGAGCGGCUGCUGGACAAGAUCCGGGCUCAGGCCCAGGGCCAGGCCAGCUGCGCCUCCCUGGCCACCUCCACGCCCUGUGGUGCCUCGCUCUUCGGCAGAACCUCCAGGCCGGCCCCCCACAGGAAGGCCCGCAGGCCGGCCGCCGCUCCCCAGCCCCGGCCUGCCCUGGUCAGUGGCGGCCCUCUGGGUCGGUAUGGCAGGAGAGCCGCUGAGCGUGGCCCUGAAGACCAAGCACCCCCUGCCCAGGGGCACGAGCCCCCCAGGGUCCCCCAGCGCCAGGCCUCAGUUCCGCGGGAAAAACCCAGAAGGAUGAAAAGUAGCUCCUGCAAGAGAGAGAAGCCGUCCAAGCCACCGGCCCGCAGAGCCACGAAGGACAAAGACUCUGAGUCGGUCGGUGUUUACGCCUGGAGGACAGGACGAGCUCGGGCCAGGGAGCUGCUGGGGCCCCCGUGCCCGGCCCAGGCUCCCGAGCGAGGCGCCGUCGAGGGACCUGGCCCCCGCCCAGGAACCAGGAGGCGACAAGAGGAGCAGAAGUGCGGCGAGCCCCCUCUUCGCCCCCAGAUACCCAGCCCAGCCCCUGUCCGCCAUGACCACCAGCAGGUGUCCGCCCACACGCCCAGCCUGGCGGAGCCGCCUGCGACCGUCCAAGCCGCCGUGGACAUCCUGCGAGACCUCCGGCAGCAGAUCCAGGCGGGGCUGGAGCUGAGCCGGGGCGGCCACCCGAGGGGCGGGCUGGAGCCGGGGCCAAAGGAGCAGGCGGGGAGGCGGCUGCAGGGCUGCUGGAGCGCCCCCCACGCGCAGGACCCCUUCCUGGCCGGGACCGGAAGCCCCCCCAGCGGGCGGCGGCAGAGCCUGCCAGCUGGGCAGGAGUCGCGCCUGGAGGGACAGGGCCCCCCCUCCCCGAGGCCUGGGAGCCCCCCUGCGAGGCGGAGCCCCUUCCCCCAGCGGCCUUGGAGCGCCUCGGCCGCCGCUGAAGACUGGGAGGGCCCCGCCCGAAGGCCCUGGAGCGCCUCGUUCACCCAGGGGCCCGGCCCCCGCGCCAGAGCCAGGGGCUCCCCGCCGCCUCCCUCGAGAGCCAAGGACGGCUGGCGGGGGCCCAGCCCCCGUGGCCCCUGGGCCGCGCCUGGGAAGGAGGAUGAGGAGCCGCCGGUGCGCCCCUGCCCCAAGCCCCGGGGCUGGCUGGGCCGCCCCUACAGCCCCGAGUGCCUGCGGGCCUUCAUGCGGCAGAAGGCGGCGGCCCGGCGGCGCCAGGCCCUGCAGGAGAAGGCCGCGGCCGUGCGCGCCCUGGAGCUGAAGAACCAGCGGCUGCGCGACGUCUACGAGGAGCAGAGGGCGGCCGUCCUCCGCCAGCCCCUGCCGCUGCCCGGCGGAGCCGGCCCGGUGGUCUCCCAGAUGACCCCCAGCAUCGUGACCUUCGUCCCGCAUUCCCUGCAGACCGGGGGCCAGGAAGCCCCGGGGAGCCCAGGGGGGCCUGUGCUGGCGUGGAGCAAGGUGACGUCCGGCAUGGUGCUGGGGGACCAGGAGGCCCCGGGCAGCUUCUGCCUGUGUCUGAACAGGGCCCCGAGUCACACCCAGACGCCGGACCCCAGAGGCUCUCAGGAUGACUGGGCCGGGGCUGCCCGGGUGCUGUCUCCUGGCUCCUCCGGGGGCCCCCUGCGGCUCCGGGACCUGAGCACCCGCCCCCUGCACCCAGGGCUGUGCAUCUACCUGGCGCCCGAGGAAGCCGAGCGCCUGGGCAUGGCGGGGCCCCUGCACUUCCGGUACAAGCAGGCCCGCGUGCAGGCUCUGGAGACCAUGGCCAACAUGCUCAAGCAGCGGAUCGACGUCCUGACCGCCAAGCUGCAGGGGUCCGAGGUCCUCGAUGGGCCUUCUGAUUCGGACCCAGCGCCCCUGCUCCCUGGUGCCGUGCCCGCAGCCCCAGCUGGCGGGGCCGCCUUGGUGCCCAGCGGGGGCCCGAUGGACGCUCCUUCCUCCUCCCUGGACGGCGAGAGGCCGUGGGGUGCUGACUGGGAUCGGCGGCAGAGCAUGAGCCCGCGGGACCACGGCACCCGCAGGCCCCAAGGCUUCACGGAGGAUGGACGCUCAGAGCCGGAGGAGAGGCUGGAGAGAAGCACCACUUCCUCCCAGGCCCUCGGCGCCGUCCCAGGGGGCCUCUCACCGUGUUGCCCCGGCGGCUCACGCGUGUGCCUGCGUGUCCCUAGCUCGCACUGGGCACCCGUCAUGGGGGACCCCACCGGUGGCUCCCUGAGGCUGGAGGAGAUGCAGCCGGCCCCUGGGCCCAGCCCGGUCAUGCCCUGGACCGUCCAGCACUUCGGAGCUGAGGCUGGUGCAGGGGCCAGGGCCUCAGAGCCCCUUGCGGUUUCCGCAGGCCAGCGUGAGCAGGGCCAGCCGCCUCCCGGGGCCCUCGCCGACGUCCUGCAGAAGCCCCUGAGCUUUCUGGAGGCCCUGAAGCUGGACCCGCAGGUGCAGGAGCGGGCGCUGGCUCUGCUGCGGCUGCGGGCGGAACGGGAGGUCUGGGCCGCCGAGAAGGCCCUGGAGGAGCUGCUCUUCCAACACCAGCUGGAGCGGCUGAUGCAGACACAGCCCGCGCAGGCCGGGCGGGAGCCAGCUUCAGGGCAGGAGCAGCUCCCGCAGGGCGGGGACCCAGCGCCCAGGACCUUCGCCAGCUCAGAGACGGCGGGACCCAGGCCACUGCCUCCCCUGGGCGGACAUGCUGCCAGCCCCCCGCGGGGCCCCGCGGGAGCACAGGGGCGUCAGGCAGGCACAUCGGCCUCUAGGGAACUUGUGCAGGAAGGGCGGCCAGACCAAGAGUCCCCACUGCGGCAGCCCUACCCAUGGGACAACCCUACUCUCCAGAUGCUCCAGCAGAGCCUGCGGGAGGAGAGGCUGCGCGUGCAGCACCAGGCUGCGCUGCUGCGCCUGCGCGAGAGGGCGCUGGAGGAGAAGAUGCGCGCGGAGCUGGCCUGGCUGGAGCAUCGGCGACGCUUUCUCACCGAGUGGCAGGACAGAGCACCCCCCAGGGCCACCUCGCCUGCAGAUGGUCAGCUGUGGCCUCUGAGGUCGGGAGAGCACACACCUGCGGACCGAGGCUGGCCUGAGGCCCAGGGUCAAGGUGACCCCCGGACCAGCCCCUCGGCCACAGAGGAGACCCGUGUCCCUAAGGGAAAGGUGGCCUACGCGCCCCCAGGCGGAGCAGGCCCUCAAGGCCCCCGGGAAGCCGGCCAUUCCCUGCAGGUGGGGGAAGGCAGCGAGAGUCAAGAGGUGUCGGGACUGGGGCUGGACGUGGCCUGCAGCCCCCGGGGGAAGCCCCCUGAAGUGGAUGGCCCCAGGCCGGGGGGGCAGAGGAGGGAGACCUGUUGGCAGGAGGACCCCUGCGGCCCCUCCAGGCGGCACGCUGCCCAGCUGCCCACCGCCCCAGCACCGGCAGCAGCUGGGGAGGUGCCACCCACCCACGCCGAGGGCAGCCCCCCGCCUGCGCUCGUGGCCCCAGUGGGCCUGGGCUGCGAGUCCGAGUGCUCGGGCCGAUGGGGGGCCUCCCCGGCCGGCUCCGACAGCAGCGCGUCCUGGGCCUCCCUCCCGGAGUUUCAGAGGGCGUCGGCCAUCCUGGUGCAGCUUUCCCAGAGCUCCAGCUCCCUGUCUGGCGGGGAGGCUGGGGACACCCCGGAGGUGGCCCCUGGCUGGCCUGGGGAGUUCUCUGCCCUUGACUCCCAGGGGCUCCACGGGGGCGGAGGACAGGGGACCUGGGAGAGGUCAGAGGGCAGGGGCGCCUGUCCCCUUCAGGGCCCCACCACAGGGACAGGAGCCCCAGAGCCACCCCCAGGCCCCCAGAGCCCCCCUCCGAGGCCAGGGUCCGACCUGUCCGAGGCGUCCAGAGAAGUCUGGGAUGAGGAGAACCUGCCGGGGCCUGGAGCCUCGGGACCCUCCUCGGCCUCGGGCGGCAAAUCCGACCCCGAGAACUGGGGACCGCCUCCAUCCUGGGGCCCUGCGGAGGGGCAGGAGGCCUCUGGAGCCAGCGGGAGCCUGACCGGUGGACCAGGUACCAGAACGGCCCGCCAGAAGGCCCCUGAGACUGCCGGCCCCGCAGCGCCGCCCCGAGCCCCUUCCUGCAGUGACGGGCACCUGACCCCGGCCCGCCCCUCGGGGGCCUUGGCCUCGGAAGGGCCCGACGCAGGCAAAGCAGAGACCCAGGCCGUGUGGGCCCUGGCUGGCCGCCUGCUGGCGCCCCGAAGUACUGUCCAGGGGCCACCUACUGACGGGAACCUCCUUCGGGUCUCACCUGAGCCUGAGGACCCCGGGAACCUGUGGGCUCCUCCUGGGGACCCCAGCAGCCUGGCAGCCUGCGGCCCAGCACCCGGGAGGGCCUCAGCAGACCCUCGCCCUGGCCUGGCCGGCGGCAUCCUGCCCAAGAUCCUGUCCCCUGUGGACAAGGCGCUGUCCUCCCCGAGGGCCGCCCCCUUCCCUCCGCCGCCCCCCUCCCCGCCGGCAGAGAGCGAGGCAGAGGCCUACCCCCUGCCAGAGGACAUCCCCCCGCCGCCGGCAGACGCUGUCUUGUCUCCUGGGGUGCCCCCGGGUUCCCCAGGGGAGGACACCUCUGCCGGCACUGAGGUACCCUCCUGGUCCGAGGACGUUCUGCCUGAGGCACCAUCCCCAGCCCCCCCGGAAUUGGGGCUGGGCCUGGGGGCGGCUGGCCGGGGCAGACAUCUGGAGGAGGAAACGGGCGAAUCGAGUUCUGGGGGGCAGACGGAGACUGUGGGCGGCCAGUGGACUGAGUCGCUCGGCUGGCCAGGGUCCCCCUGGGGUGGGGGGGCAGAUGAUGCCCUAGGGGGGCUCCCCAGAGUGUCCACUGUGGCCCGAGUGGCCGGGGCAGGCUUGGCCACAGGGGUGGUGGCUGGCGACCCCCUGCCCUCUGGCUCCGAGGGCGGCCACCCAGCUCCUGGCUUGGGCCCAGGCCCCCAGGCUGGUCUCCUGGGUGUGGGGACAGCCGAGGCUGCAGAUGUGGUGUCCACCCGGCUCACCAGGAGGAUCCUGUGCGACACGCGGGCGGUGUUCUCGGAGCGGGCCCAGCCAGGCAGCCCACUGACGGGGGAGCUGGUGGGGACCAGCUGGGUCCCUGAGGCGCCCGCCACGCCUGCCGGGCUGUCCUGGCGGGGCCAGGAGGCCUGAGAAGCCACGGGUGUGUGCACAGCUGGGCUGUGCAUGCGUGUGCGUGUGUGUGUGUGCAUGUACAUGGGGCUUCAGGAAGCCGGGACUUGGCCAGGGCGGAGCUGCCACUCAGAACAGUCACGCUGUGCUGGCCGUGGAGCUGGCCACCCGGUGCCAGUCCAAGACCAGGCUGCGGUUCCUCCUUGUCUGGCGGGGUCGGCUCCAUCUGCAUUUGUCUGGAUGUCAGGUCCGCCAUGUCCUCCAGGUUCUGGAAGGGGCCCCGACCCAAAGAGAUUAAAAGGCAGGAAUGUAAAAAGUUGGGGGGCUGUUGUCCAAUAGCCAAAAGGUAUGGAUUCAGGGGCUGGCAGGGGGACCCCCGGGGAGGGGGAGCAGCUCCCGUGAAUGAGACCCCUUGCCAGAAGCCAAGGCCAGCAAAGCCCACCAGGGAAAGAAGAGCCUCGGGAGCCGGGGCAGGAAGGGGGUCCCGUGUGUUGCUUGGGAAGUGGGCUGUGAGGGCCUCUGCCUGCUCUUGCUUCUCAAGGCCUGUGUGUAAAGACAAGGACAGCCGGCCUUCGCGGGCUUAGAGGACAGGCCCCUGCAGCAGUGGCCGCUGCUCACAGAAGUCACCAUCACCAGCCGCUGGGGACCCAGAGCACCCACCCUCACCCCUCACCCAGAGCAGGGCCACGGCCACACCCAGCCUGGCAAGGCCACCCUCGAGACCUGUGAGGGACCCGACCAUCUUCCCCAGUGGUCAGAAUGCUGGCUGUCCACACCAACAUGCAGCACGUCCUGGCUGGUACACAAAGGAAUUCACCGGAAACCACCUGACGCUCUUCUUAGUGGACCCUGCGUCUCGCAGCCGAAGGGUCUGUCAUUUCAAUAUUUGUCCUAAACUGUAUUUUCUGUGCACUUGGGGACUAAGUGACUUUUAAGUGAGUCCAGAAAUCAGCUCUUUUAUAAAGGGAAGCAGCUUUCAAAUCUGUUUCUACCUGGCUAGGGGUCUUGCGAUGGGCUCUCUUAUACUGUGGUUGGGCCUCUGGCAGACGCGCCAUGUCCGACAGCAGCCGCUGUCUCCAGGCGCCUGUGUUCACCUGUCACCUGUGUCAUCCACCAGCUACCGUGCACUUACCAUCAUUGGUCUUUCGUCUCUGCCCGUCCAUCGGUCUGUCCGCCCAUCACCCACCCACCCUUCCAUCUGUCCCGUCUGUCCGUCCGUCCUCUCCCAACACCCUUCUUGAACUGCAAGGCCCCCGCCUGGAGGGAGUCCAGGACUGAGCGAGAGCUUGCGGAGAGGUUCCGCCGCCCGCCGAGGCUCGGGCUGUGUGACAGGGCCACGGAGGGGAAAUGUGUUCAUGCUCCGUGUACACAAUUUCAAAACUCACUUUGAGCUACAGCUUAUUGAUUCCCUUCUAGUUUUCUGAACAAAUUAGUCUGUAAUUUUUUAUCUUUUUCCUAUUUAUGGUUGACCCUUUGGAUUUAUGAGGCCAUGUGAGAGGAAUUAUGUAUUUUACACACACACAUUUGGCACCGUAAUAAAUCUCCCACGUUGAAGCCCUGCUGAUUUGCCUGAAAUUCGAUAGUCUCCCGCGGGUGGCUGCGGGCUGGGUGCACUGGCAGC